AGAUAAUCGCCUUUGAUGAGUUAAGGACAGACUUCAAAAGCCCCAUAGAUCAGUGCAACCCUGCUCAUGCACGAGAACGACUGAGAAAUAUUGAGCGCAUCUGCUUUCUUCUGAGAAAGCUGGUGCUACCUGAAUAUUCCAUCCACAGCCUUUUCUGUAUAAUGUUUUUGUGCGCUCAGGAAUGGCUCACCUUGGGGCUGAAUGUCCCACUGGUUUUCUAUCACUUUUGGAGGUAUUUCCAUUGCCCGGCGGACAGUUCAGAGCUAGCAUACGAUCCCCCUGCAGUCAUGAAUGCAGACACCUUGAGUUAUUGUCAGAAAGAGGCCUGGUGUAAACUAGCUUUCUAUCUCCUUUCAUUCUUCUACUAUCUUUACUGCAUGAUCUAUGCUUUGGUGACCUCUUAACUCAAAGACCAUCAUUAAAGACUGAGAACAACAAAGGACACAGAGCAAAGACAAGUCAACUUUCAGUGAUGCUUGGUAAAAAAAAAAAAAAAAACAGCAGGAAAAGAAGGCUUUUAACCCAAUCAGUAGUACUGUAUGUGAAAGACAUACACAGCAAGAACAAUGACCAGCUGAAGAACUGGAAUAUUUUGGAGAGUGAGCUGAGCAAACUGUGUUUAUCUUGUCUUUCUUGGUAUUUUAUGGUCUGUGGUUUCAAAAACCCAUACAAAUCAAUGAUGAAAUUUAAGGGGAUGAAGUAAAAAACUGUCUUCAUCUGAUGGGGGGAUACUGCACAGUAAAUUUGGUUUACUGCAGACUCCAAGCUCUGCUGUUUCACAAGGACUUUCUUGCUCAAUAACCAUUCUGUUCUGAGAGAAUGGGGGGCCGGAGGGCACA